CGCCUUUGCCUCCCAGCCCCGGCACCCCUCCUACUGAACUGCGGGACCUAGCGGAGCCGGCCAGGCUUGGCUGGCGACGCUGCCCGCUCCCGGGCUGGCAAGGGCCGCGGGCGCCGGGCUCGGGGCUCCAGAAGCCGCCGAUGGGAAGCAGCACUCCAAAGGGCGAGAGACGACGUCCUGCGGCCACCCAUAUCACCGCGGUCACCAUGGGGAACAAGCAGACCAUCUUCACUGAAGAGCAGCUGGACAACUACCAGGACUGCACUUUCUUCAAUAAGAAGGACAUCCUCAAGCUUCAUGCGCGGUUCUAUGAGCUGGCUCCCAACCUCGUCCCAAUGGAUUACAGGAAGAGUCCCAUCGUCCAUGUGCCCAUGAGCCUCAUCAUUCAGAUGCCGGAGCUCCGGGAGAAUCCCUUUAAGGAGAGGAUUGUGGAGGCGUUCUCUGAGGACGGCGAGGGGAACCUCACCUUCAAUGACUUUGUGGACAUGUUCUCUGUGCUCUGUGAGUCGGCGCCUCGGGAGCUCAAGGCGAACUAUGCCUUUAAGAUCUAUGACUUCAACACUGACAAUUUCAUCUGUAAAGAAGACUUAGAGCUGACGCUGGCCCGGCUCACCAAGUCAGAGCUGGAUGAGGAUGAGGUGGUGCUUGUGUGUGACAAAGUCAUUGAAGAAGCUGACCUGGAUGGCGAUGGCAAGCUGGGCUUUGCUGACUUUGAGGACAUGAUCGCCAAGGCCCCUGAUUUUCUCAGCACCUUCCACAUCCGAAUCUGAGGAUACUGCCAAGGCUGUGGGGACCUAGAGCUCCAUCCUCUGGCCUGCUGUCUGUGCAGGUAUGGUUUCCAAGUGCUCCAGGAAAAGAGCUAUGGCCUCUGGGGUUCUCACCCAUGGACAUUUCCUGUGGCCCUUUCAGCAAAAAAAUAAAAUAAAAUAAAAUAAAAUAAAAUAAAAAAUAAAAAAUAAACAAAAUACCUAACUUCAACAGGGUUGUGAAGAGCAGGACCCUUCCCUGGGGUCCCAGUGGUCUCCCCUCAAGACCUGCAGUUCCCCUGUGGGCCCUCUCACCCACCCCCUUGCCCAGUCCUUUUCUCACUUAGAAGAGGAAGGUGGAAAAUCCCAGCGGGAGGGGUGAGGCUGGGCAGACACCCCAGUCACCCAGGGAUAAGUGCAACAAACAAACAAACAAACAAAGAAAACAAAAAACAGCCUAGAGUUUUAACAAGCUAUGCAAUCUUUUACCAAAGCCAAGACUGGGUUGUACCCAUCUCCAUCCCCAUACUUUCCCAAUGUGAAGCUGUAUACGCAGUUAGGUCCAAAGGGCUCUGCCCCUGUGUCUUGAACACUCCACCUCCACCUCCCCGAUGACCUGGUAUCACUGAUGUGUGCUGACCUCAGAUUUGUGAACUCCUAGAAAUAAAACACUUUUGUGUCCUGCA